GGCAGCCCCCCAAAAUCACAAAGAAACUAUUAUUAUUAUUAGAAUAGAAUAUGGGAAGGUCACCUUGUUGUGAUGAAACUGGGCUUAAGAAAGGUCCCUGGACUCCCGAAGAAGAUCAAAAACUCAUCAACCAUAUCAAGAAACAUGGCCAUGGUAGCUGGAGAGCCCUCCCUAAACUUGCAGGUCUUAAUAGAUGUGGAAAGAGUUGCAGAUUGCGGUGGACUAAUUAUCUUAGGCCAGAUAUCAAGAGAGGCAAGUUUUCUCAAGAAGAAGAACAAACAAUCCUCAAUCUUCAUGCUAUUCUUGGCAACAAGUGGUCAGCAAUUGCAACACAUCUACCGGGGCGAACUGACAAUGAAAUAAAGAAUUUCUGGAACACACAUCUGAAGAAGAAGCUGAUACAAAUGGGGUAUGAUCCGAUGACUCAUCGGCCUCGGACCGACAUAUUUAACAGCUUGCCUCAUCUUAUAGCACUUGCAAAUCUGAAGGAUUUAGUGGAACAACACUCAUCAUGGGAAGGACAAGCUGCUAUGAGAUCACUACAAUCAGAAGUGGCUACACUUCAAUAUUUGCAUUUCCUUCUUCAGCCUCCAAAUAUGGCUACCAACACUACUAGUGCCAAUAGCCCAGAAAUGGAAGCUUACAAUAAUCUUUUAACAGGCACAAACCAUUUGGAAAAUUCCUUGAACAAUAUUUCACCACUAGCACCUUCAAGUAGUCUUCAAGCGAUUCAAGAUUCAAUCCCUUUCUCCCAUUUGCCUGAAUUACAAGCUACCCCUUGUAGUAGCUUCCUAUUAACUACUUCUCUAAAUAAAGACAUGAUAAACACACCUACCACUACUUCACCAUGGCAGCUUCCUUCUUCUUUAUCUCCAUCUCCUCCUCCGGCAAUUGUUGCAACAAAUGAUCAGUCAAAUUCCUCCAUUAAUAAUAUUAAUAAUAUAGGAGAAGGGGAUAUUAAUUGUACUACUCCUUCUUUCUUUGGAGGAACCCACCCUUCAGUCUGGCCUGACAUUCUCCUUGAAGACUCGUUGUUCCAUGAUAUUCCCAGCUGUUAAUUACUAUAGGCAGUUGUAUCAAAACGUAGCUUUCCAGUUUGAGCAUGACAUGCAAUUACAAGCAGAUAUGGUUGACAGGCGCAUCUAUUCAUGAUAUCGAAUAGGAAUGAUCAUUAUCAGAGUAUAUCAUGAGUUCUAGCAAAUAUGGUAUGAAAGGCUCGGAGUUUCUUGUU